AUGAUGAGUUCUGUUCUGUUGAAGUCGCUGGCGAAAAGACCAUUGAGCAUCCCUAGCGCCAAGGGUAGCUUUCCAGCUGCUGCCGUAUCAUCCUCCCUGGAUAACACUAUCCAAAAAUACUGUCACUACCACACGGACACCAAUUCACAGUCCUCUGAUGAUCGCAUCUUUCCCGUCUACGUUCAUCACGUUUCAAAAGUUGUUCUGAAGCACCUGCAGGAUUCCAGGUCAAACUGGCUGGUAGAGCAAGGCUUGGAUAAAGGAUUGCAUGUUAACUCGAAUGGAACCUUUAUGCUGACCUUCCCACCCACUGAAAAAGGAUCUGGAGGUAAACUUUGGACAAGCUACGAUGCCGCCACGAGACAGCAUUGGUUGUCCGUGUACCGACAAAAGUUCAAUGCGAGGUUUUUGCUCAAGCAGUCCACAUGCAAAAUGACGGGCGCUCAAAAAAUGCGGAAUAUUCAAAAGACGAUUCAAGAUCAUCAAACCGUGGAAGACCAAAUUCGUUUGGUGGUAGAUCAAAUGGUGCGACUGGUUCCUCCUCAUAUUAUUGCUACCAAGGAAGAAAAUCAAGCUACUACUGAAACAGCAACCACCAAUGCUGACCAAGCAUCCUGA